UGUAAACAUUGGUCGAUUUUACCGAAUUCGAGGUGUUUUGCUCCUAAAAUGUACUCUUUUUCUUGGAGGCUGGUAAGGUGUGUAUGUAGAACUUGUACCCUGGAAUGCUCAGGCGCUCCUAUACUAUAGUUUGAUUCGAGGUAGAAAAGCUUUGGAUGAGUGGAAGGGUGAUGUAAAGGGUAAAGCCCUUCUGCCAUCAACAUGCCAACAGGAGCCAUUCCAUUUCCAUUUGGAAGAUGCCGCAUUUGUGCUGAUAAAGCUACGGGAAUCCACUAUGGUGUCGCAACUUGUGAGGGAUGUAAGGGUUUCUUCAAAAGAAGCAUCGCUAAAGCUGAGAAGUAUCGAUGUUUCUUUGGUGGAAGCUGCACUCUCACGCCAAAAAACAGGAAUCGAUGUAAAUCGUGUCGAUUCAAGCGGUGUAUGGACACAGGCAUGGCCCUUGACGCUGUCAAAAUGGGCCGCAUUCCAAAAAUCGAAAAAGAGAGAGCACUGGAGGAGGAGAAAGACAAGACGUUUGAAGGUUGCAAGGAUUCUGAACCUGUUUACGAGCCUAGCAGUGUGAGUAAUACACCUUGCUCGAGCUCCGGUGUUAGCAGCAGGGAUAGAAGUCCUUCUGACGUUGUUUUCAGUGACCCGGAUAGUGUGACUGAGUCAAAAGGGUUAAACACAGAUGAAAGAGUGUCUCGACCAACCCUGAAUUUCCAGCAGUACCCUCCAAAUGGGAGGAAUUAUGGACCAGAGUUGCCACGACUGGGGAAUGAAUAUCGGGAUCAUCAGAGCUUGAUACACAGUCAGAUGAAAUCUGGGAAACCUGUUGCGAUGGAACAUUCUAACUCGGAGGUGCAAGUAUCUCUACCAAAUGAAAUAAAGACAGAAGGUCCUAUGCCUAGGGAUUUUUCCGUUGACCCUCGUGUUCCUGGCCAGAAUGGGGUAAAGGUAGAGAAUUCUGUUCCCAGGGGUGGGCUGGCCUCGUAUUCUGACCCAGGGGGGCUGGGAGCUAAUGGUCAACCUAUUCCCAGAGUCAAUUCAGCGGAGUCGCAUGUCUCAAUACAUAUUGGUAUGAAGUUGGGUGAACAUGCUUCAAGGAAAGUCACAGAAUCGUGCUUCGUACCACAGGCAUCAGUGUCAGUGGGAAACCAUUGUAACCCAAUUACAACAGUGUCAACCCAACCUGGGGAACAAUUCAGUUCUUGGCCGCAACCUCACAUUAUAAAUGGAGCUAGUGGUGACACCAGACUUCAGAAUGGGAGCGAGAAAAAGACAAGUAUGCGAAGUCCGGGAAUGACACCAUCAUCGGUUUAUAACUCGGAAGUUGUCAAGCAGUUAUUCACACAUGCUCUUGAAAACAUUUGCCAGGAUGGUAGGAAGGUGCAGCUGAUUGAAAAAUUCUUACACAAUUCUGAUUCAGCAACGUCCAGUUUUGGCGCCAGUUGUGAAACUUCGUCUGCCAUUACUGUUUCGUCAGCACCGUCUGGAAGAGAUGAUCAUUGUUUACAAGACAUGAUGACGCAGACCGUUGUGAGCCAGCAGCAGGUGCGGACUUCUUUCAGUGUUGAUGAGGGCCAAAAACAUCAAACUGACUUGGGGCCGAACCGUAAGUUAGGACGGACAAAUCCCACUGUUAAUGUGACUGGGACAAUGUUUUCUGGUUUGAAGGGAGGCGAAAUUAGGCAGCCAAUUUCUAACCAGUCGCACUCACAUGGCAUGCAUAAACUCCCCCCAACACUACCUCAGCUUGCAGCUGUAAUGUGUCCAAGCCAUAAUACAAUUCCACCCACCCAGUAUUCCUCACAAGGCCAACCAAUGGAGCAACAUCCAUCGGACUGGUACAGCUGGAGUAAUGACUCUUUUUUUAAGGACAGGAACAACCUGGUAAACACCUCAGAUUAUCAAAGACAUUCCACUGAAAACACUCCAGCACAGCAGCCCAACACUUGCCAUCAUAUUAAAAUAAAACAGGAGCCUCAGAUGGUUUUCCAGACCUCUGAUUGCCAUUUUAGAAGCAAUGGACAAAUGCCUAACUCAAAUUCUAGCAUGCCAUAUCGGUUCCCUCAAAAUGGCCAAUGUUUAAAAAGUGAUACCGAAUUCCGAGCCGAUUCUUGCGUUGAUACAACACAGUGUAAUGAUGGAGGUUCCAAAGACGUAAAGCGAGAAUAUGACAGUAAUGACAUUCAGAUAAUUGAGAGUAUAUUCUCGGACUUUGCUACGUCGAGCCAGACAGCCAAAGUUGAACAAAAUAGUAACAAUCCAAUGCUGCCACCGGACACAGAUGAUUGCUUCCCACUUGAUGACAUCAACGUUGAGGUUCUAGAUGAUGAAAAUCUCUGCGGGGAGGAGUUGGUGCAUCACUUACAGAAAUGGUACGAGAAGAUUGAAGUCCUUUCUCUCAGUAUGACCAAAGCUCUCCAUGACGGUCUUAAAGCUGGAACACAUUUGGAUAUGGUCAUUCCUCUGGAUUCCCCAAAGCCGAAACGGGCGGAUGCUCUACAUGUGUGGAAACUGUUAUUCUUGAAUGUUGAACCAUGUGGCGUUCAAGUUGCAAAUUUCUGUCGUAUAAUUCCUGGAUUUUCACGGAUUGCAACAGAAGACAAGGAUUUGUUGGUCACCUCAUCCUUCUUUGACCUCUGGUUGAUAUGUCACAGUUCUCUGUUUUUCGAGGGUGAGGUUCAUAUCCUGUUCCCGCAGGAUGACAAGAUCAAAUAUUGCCGCUACUGGAUGAAGCAGUUCCUGCCUGAAGAACUUAUCAAGAAAUUCUUCAACUUCUGUGAUGUAUUUAACAGCUGUAAUCUGACGAGGGGAGAAAUUGCAGUUAUCAUGGCAGUGCGAGCUACAUUACCAGAACGGCCCGGACUAAAAGAUGUCGAAGCCGUUAAGAAACUCAACGCGCGUUACUUAAACCUGAUGGUGCAGAUUAUCAUCACGAAUCAUACAAACGAGGGCGGGAACAUCCUUAAGAAGCUGUUUAUGGUUCUCCCGUUACUCAAUGAUAUCAACGAGCAUCAGAAUAAGGUCAUUGGAAGCUUCCGGGUUGAUGACAUCCCAUGCCAGGAUGACGAGCAACCAUCAUAGCAUGAAACUCAAGGCUGAGGCAUUGAGAAUCAAGGCAGAGGCAUUGCCCUUCAACCAGCUGAAUAGUGACUACACAGUACAUGUAUUUCAUUUGCAAGGCGUUUUACAGAGCAAUAUUGUGCUAUGUAACUACACGGGCAAGCCGUCUGGCUCGAAGUGCUGAUUCCUGAGGUUAAUAAGAAUUGAAUAUCAAGGUUGUCUGUUUUAGUUUUGUUCAGAACAGAAGUACUUAUGACUGAUUCUGAACUGUUAUAUGCAUUGUGUUGAUGUGAUCGGCACAGUAUUGUACAAAUGUAAAUAAAAUGGUUUGUAUAAGGUUCAACAGUAUUCUACCUAUUUCAUUUAUUAGUGCUACUGGCAUGCACUCUUCCCAUCUAUGAGUUGAUUUUUGAGAUGUUUAGUUGACAAAUGCUGUAUAAAAUGUAAAUAUGAACAUCACAGCCCAGACUCCCUCCUAUACACCAAAAUACUGUCAGUUGAUACUGAUGCACUACUGGUGUUGUCGUUAAAUGCUUGUGCCAUUUCUUGUUUGUAGCAUUAUUUGAUUGUGAUAGCCUAAUAUGAAUUGGGAAAAGUAAAUUGGCUGUUGUUGUUAUAGUUGUUGUUGUUGUUGUUAUUGGGUGAUUUGUUUAAUAUGUGCACAUAUCUUCCCGGAUAUGUAUCAAGAUCAUGUAAUUCUUCCAUAUUCUGUGCAAAUUUCCGGUUGUAAAAUACAAUGUACUCCCCUGUCCCUCAGGUGCAUACAGUUUUGACCAGUUUAUGUCAUGUGCUGGACAUCUUGCAAAUAUUCUUGUCAAAACUAUCCUCAAAUUGACCAUAGGUCUUUGAAUAAGUGAGUAAGGCAUGUCGGGGCCUAUCUGUGAUAUAAGAACUUUUAAUCUUCACUGGAGAACCUUUUUUGCAGUAAAGUGCAUUUUGUUUCAACAGCAGCAGCAUGUUAUGGAAAGAGAGAGUUGGUGGAUAUCUAACAGACAAACUUGAUUAUGACAGUUUUCAGCAGACUAGGAGGGGGGGGUAUGUUGUUGCAGCCAAUAAGUUGACGAAAUAACAUGUUCAGUGCAUUUUAUUGGCUGGGGAUUGAAAGGAAUUCUCUUAUAGCAGGGUUUGACUGUUAAUAUUGUCGGGGUUUUUCUAUAUUACAUGUAGUACCUGGUUCACAAACUUUAUGGUUCGCAGGUCACCAAAUAUAUUAAUCAAGACACAAUUUGAUCAGCAUAUUUUCUAAAUUGUAAUUAUUUACAACUUUUUCAAAAUAUCACAAGUCAUCCCGAGUCAGAUAUUUGGUUAGCAUAGGGCUCAUGAUGUUGGUGAUGGUGUGUGGUAGAUACAUAUAUAACCAGGACCUGCAUUGACAAGGGCUCAGUGCUGACUGAAUUUAAAAGUUUUGUAGCGAGCACUUAGUUAUUUAUGCAUGUUUUAAACACCCAGUACAGAAAUACAUUUAUUGUUAAAUCAGUUCAUCAAACUAUGGACAAUUAUCCCUUUUGUGCUGCACUUUUGUAGAAAAAAAUGGCCCACAUACUUUUAAAAGAUUGUGCAAGAUUUUAUGACUGCGUCUUCUAUUUACACUUUUCUUUUCUCCACCUUGAAAUGUGCAAUUGUCAUAUCAUCGUCACUGGUACUAAGAGUUGAUGUAACUUGUGUAACGUGCCUUGAAAUUUUAACUGUCUGCUACAGUAUGAAUAGAUGUUGCUCAUUUUCUAUAUGCCUGUACACUUCUGCAUGUACGGUUAUAGCUGUAAUAAAAUUACGAGCAAAUA